UAAAUGGGAAUUCAAAUCAUGAGUAUCUGAGCUAACAGAAAAUUCAUCAGUUUGCAGAAACAAAAAUAAAACUCCAUCAAAUCCAACUAUUCCACGCACAAAUGCUGUAAGCACAAAUCACCAAUUGCAUCUCAAAAUUCAUGCUCGAUUCAUCCACAAACGCCAUCUCGAUUCAAUUAGGGUUUUCAGUUAAUUCCUGCAAAUCUCACGUUGCUCGGAAGCUUCAAAUUUGUCGAUUGAUGACCACCGCGAAAUCCAAGUGGCGGUGGAUUGAAGAGCAGAGCUGAAGAGAGCGAGCGAGAGGGCUUUGAGAGAGAGAACAGCAUAUAUUGUAGAUGGGGUGGGGUAGGGCGGUGUACGAGGGUGUGGUGGUGGUGGGGUCGCUGCUGCUGUUGGGAUGGGGCGGCUUGUGGUUCCUGAACCGGCGGCUCUACAAGGAGUAUGAGGAGAAACGGGUUUUGGUUCAGAUCAUAUUCAGUGUUGUUUUCGCCUUCUCUUGCAAUCUCUUCCAGCUUGUCCUGUUCGAGAUCAUUCCCAUUCUUUCGAAAGAGGCGAGAUGGAUGAAUUGGAAGGUGGAUUUGUUUUGUUUGAUAAUGUUGCUCGUGUUCAUGUUGCCAUACUAUCAUUGCUAUCUGAUGCUUUCGAACAGUGGUAUUAGAAAGGAACGGGCCUCGCUUGGUGCUUUUUUGUUCUUAUCGGUUUAUCUUUAUGGCUUCUGGCGACUGGGUAUUCAUUUUCCAAUGCCGUCUCCAGAUAAAGGAUUCUUCACUAUGCCUCAGCUUGUGAGCAGAAUUGGGGUCAUUGGCGUGACUGUCAUGGCUAUACUUUCUGGUUUUGGAGCAGUCAAUUUGCCUUACAGUUACCUUUCUCUCUUUAUUCGAGAAAUUGAGGAAACAGAAAUUAAGGGAAUCGAGAGGCAGUUGAUGCAGUCAAUAGAGACUUGCAUUUCCAAGAAGAAGAAGAUAAUUCUUUGUCAAAUGGAGAUUGAGCGAAAACAAGGGUCCGAAGAGAAAUUAAACAAUAGGUCCUUCCUAAAGCGAAUAGUCGGCACUGUUGUUCGAUCUGUACAGGAUGACCAAAAGGAGCAAGAUAUCAGAACCUUGGAAGCAGAGGUACAAGCUUUGGAGGAGCUCUCAAAGCAACUUUUUCUGGAAAUCUAUGAGCUUCGCCAAGCUAAGGAAGCUGCAGCAUAUUCUCGAACCUGGAAGGGUCACAUGCAGAAUCUCUUAGGCUAUGUUUGUUCGAUAUAUUGUGUAUAUAAAAUGUUAAAGUCUUUGCAAAGUGUUGUAUUCAAGGAGGCUGGUUCCGUUGAUCCCGUUACAAGAACAAUCAGCAUCUUUCUGCAGUUUUUUGACAUAGGCAUCAACGUAACUUUAUUAUCACAGUACGUUUCCCUUCUAUUCAUUGGGAUGAUGAUAGUCAUAUCUGUACGGGGAUUCUUAUCCAAUUUGAUGAAAUUCUUUUUUGCUGUAUCGAGAGUUGGGAGUGGAUCUUCAAGCAAUGUCGUCCUUUUCCUCUCAGAAAUAAUGGGAAUGUAUUUUGUUUCUUCCAUAUUAUUAAUUAGGAAAAGCUUGGCCACUGAGUACAGGAUGAUCAUAACAGAUGUGUUGGGUGGUGACAUUCAAUUCGACUUCUACCAUCGUUGGUUUGAUGCAAUAUUUGCAGCAAGUUCUUUCCUCUCUCUGGUUUUGCUCUCUGCUCAUUACACUUCUCGCCAGGCUGACAAACAUCCCAUUGAUUAAUUUUUAGUAUUAUUUUUCCCAUCUUUUUUGUUAGAUUUUUCUUUAGUAUGGGUUUAUGGAAUUUUAUAUGCUCAAAAGAGUGGUUGAAUUGGAAAAUAUUCACUUUGCAUAUAGUGUUUUAAUUUCUGUAUGACGUUUGAGAUUUGUUGUGAGAAAAAAAGAAAAUAAAUUGUGUUUGAUAGUAA